AUGACCCACAUUUUCUUCUCAGCUUUUCCGGCAUGGGGUCACCUGAGAGCGUUAUGUAUUCUAGCAGCGCGUCUUGUAAAGGAGAACAAGAACUUGACUGUGACUCUUCUGCUCCCCCCAAAUCAUCUAAAAAAAGCAGUAGCGGAGAUCACAGCUGAAUUUGGUGGUGAAUCAUCAGAAAACAACUGGAAACGGCUUAGGGCCUUUUCUCCCUUCAAACUGGAGUCUGAACAUCCAUUAGAGCUCGUCCAAUUGAUGGUAGCAUGCUAUCCGACGGUCUAUCAACAACUUUUGAACAGCCAAUCUAUUACGUGCUCGAUAACCGGGGAUGUGUUUGACUCUAUCCUACCUCCGGAUAUGGUCAUUCUAGAUUUUUUCGCCCAUCCUCAAUUGUUGGCGACACGGGAGGCCACGGGAACUAAAAUUCCUAUUGCAGUUUUUGUGUGUGCUCAUGCCGCGACUAUUCUUCGUACAUUGGGUCCAGAGCAUUAUGGUGGUCGUGGUGAUCUUAACGCUAAGAUUGAAGCUGAGGCUGCUCGCAGAGGUAUCACACCUUUGGAGGUUGGGGACUCGGUCUAUAGCCACACCGAUGGUACGAUAAUCAAAAUAGCUGGAAUUCCUGACAUGUAUGAUUGGGAGUAUUUCCCACAGCUGCUCCCAUUCGAUCUGCCCGUAUCCCAAAUUAUGAUACAAGCGUAUCGUGGGCUAAGGGAUAGUGAUGUUAUUAUUUCUGGAUCUGCACAAGACUUCGAACCGGAGACGCUGGAGGCAUUCAAGUCAUGGUUUACUGAAUGGAAUAAAAAGGUAUACGUAGUCGGCCCCCUUAUUCCAUCAAAACCAACGACGUUUGUCAUCCCAUCAAAUGAUGCUCAAAAUACCGGCCUUGUUGAAACGUUCCUUGACAAGGCUCUUGCAGAGCAUGGGCGGCUGUCUACAGUUCUGCUCUCUUUUGGGUCAUUAUUUUGGCCCCAUGAGCAAGGCUAUCUGGAAGAAGUUAUAGAAGCUUUGAUUGAGAAGAAAUUCCCUUUUAUUGUUUCUUAUGCUUCGCCUUUUGCGAAAAUUUCGGAUGAUCUACUGGAAAGGGUCCAGAGUUCAGGAUAUGGGCUAAUUGCGAGAUGGUUGCCGCAGCUUUACGUUUUAAAUCAUCCUGCAACUGGGUGGUUUAUCACCCACUCCGGUCAGAACGGUGUUCUGGAAGCACUGGGGACUGGUGUUCCAAUGAUUUGUUGGCCUUUCGAAGCCGACCAACCUGCUGCCGCUGCACAUUUGUCUGAAAAUCUGAAAGUUGCUUUCGAAUUACUGGAAGUCAGGACUGGAGAAAGGGGGCUAAAACCUCUCUUGCGAAAUGGUAGGCAAGCAAAGGGCACUCGCGAAGCCGUUGGAAUCGAAAUUAGGGAUGUCCUAGAUGCGUGCCGUGGAGAGAAGGGGGCUGAGUUACGAAAGAAUGCCCAGGCUAUCAAGGCCAAGUUUGACAAAACCUGGCAAGCCGAUGGUAUCAGCAGAAAGGACUUUAACGCCUGUUUAGAGCAGUAUGGCAUUCAUCUUUCCUAG